AUGGCUAUUGGGUGGCUGGAGGAUUGUUGGCAGAUUGCCGUUAGUGAACUUUGGGAAUUGGUUAUUAUGGGUUCUAACGUUGAAAUUAAGAGCAACGGCAUAGAAACUGGAAGAAGCAGUAAUGUUGGUGGUAUUGAAGAUCACAUAGAAAAUUAUAUAAAAAGUCAUGAAGUUACUUUCGACCUUCCAAUCAUAGGUUCUAAAGUCACGUUAGAAGGAAGGAACUUGGAUAAUGAUGAAAUGAAUAUGAAAUUGAAAUUUGGAACAGAUAUAGAAGCUCGUAAGAAGAAACGCAAGCUGAAAAAACUAUUCAUUCCGAUUUUGAUUUUCGUGGUUAUCAAAGCAUUGACUCUGAUUCCAUUAGCUUUGGGUAUUCUGGGAAUCAAAGCUUGGAACGCAUCUCAGCUUUCUUUCAUUUCAUUUAUUUCCUCUAUAGCUAUUGCUAUAUGGAAACUUUGUACAAAAGUUGGACCAGAACCUCCCCAAAUCAUCCAUCAAGCUUAUGAUCCCCAUUUGCAUCACUAUCACCUCGAUAGGUCAGAUAACGCUCAACAGAUGGCAUACGCUGGAUAUGCGCAGCAGCAGUGA